AUGCAUUUUGAAACUACAGACGAGCAAGAUGAAACCCUUUCGAACACGAAUUUCGGAUCACACACUGAAAUUUCACAAGCACCAGUAGUUACACAAUGCUCUCAACAAGGUUCAGCAAAGAAGAUAUUAUUAUCCACAGCGAUAGUAGAUGUUUUUGAUGCUCAAAGUAAAGGUCACACAUAUCGUGCAUUGUUGGAUAAUGGAUCACAACUGAACUUUAUUACUGAAACCUUCACGAACAAAUUACGAUUGAAACAGCAACAUUUAAACAUCGCCAUUUCUGGAGUAGCACAGGGAGGCAUCAACGCGAGGUCUGUAAACGUUCUUUUACAAUCCAAACACAAUAGUUAUCGCGGAAGAUUGAACUGCGUGAUCUUGAAAAAAAUCACACAAAAUUUACCUCAAGAAUUUGUGGAUAUAUCACAACUAAGAAUUCCGUCAAACAUUCCAUUAGCAGAUCCUCAUUUUAAUAUUCCGGACAACAUUGACAUUUUGAUCGGUGCCGAAGUGUUCUGGCAAUUACUCUGUAUUGGUCAGAUCAAACCAUGCAAGGCACAUCCUACCAUUCAGAAGACCAAACUCGGUUGGAUUAUUUCUGGUCAGAUCUUCAACAAUCAUCAAACCAAUGAAGGCAGCGCUUGUCAUUUAGCCACAAUGGAUGACUUAAAUAACACUAUUUCCAAGUUCUGGCAAACCGAAAAUAACUACUCCAUUGAUGCUUCCAUGCGGUCACCCGAAGAACGUAUAUGCGAAACCCAUUUUUUACAAACCACUACGCGUAAUUCUGAGGGAAGAUAUAUAGUCAAACUUCCAAUCAAGGAAGAGUUGAUAAGCCAGUUAGGCAAUUCUAAGAAGAUCGCCAAACGUCGAUUUUUCGCACUAGAAAAACGAUUGGCCAAGCAUCCUGAUAUUUAUGCUGCUUAUCGUAAUUUUAUGAAUGAAUAUCAGUCUCUAAACCACAUGCAGGAAAUCAAAGACAGUGAUGACAGUUGUUUUUUGAUCAUGCUGUUUUCAAGGAAACAAGUACAACAACAAAAACACGAGUAG